AUGUCGGGAGCCACCAGUGACCAGCUGCACAGAUCAACUUUAUCAGUUUAUUUGAACCUGAUGGAGCACUUCAAUCCUGGCCUCCAGAAGCUUGUUGCUCUAGGAAACAGCUAUGUCAAAGCUUUUCAAGCCUUAGCUGUUUGCAGUGAGGCCUACUUCAGUGCUGUGGCUAAGAUGGGUGACCAGGCCCUUCACACGCUUUCAUCUCGCUCUCUUGGGGAUGUCCUGAUCCAAAUAUCGGAAACACAGAGGAGACUCACAGCAGAGAUGGAGGGAGUGUUUCGAUGGUUCCAGAUAGAGGUGUUGCAAGCCAUGGAGAAGAAUGUCAAGUUGGAUGAGGAGUACAUUGAUGGUAGUCGCAGAGUGUAUGAGCUGGAAGUGAGGAACCAGGCAGAGGUUUUGGAGAAGCAGCUCAGACGAGGAGCCUACAGAGACUCUCUGGAGAACAGUGAGUACAUGCUGUACCUGAGGCAGAGUCAGCAAGAGAUCCUGAAGGAGGAGGAGAGGAGGUAUCGCUUCUUGGCAGAGAAACACUGUGGCCUCACUCAGUCACUGCUCUUCCUUAUAAACAAGACUGGUGCGUCUCUCCAGCAAAAGGCAGAUGGAUGGAAGGAGAAAGUGAGUGACACCAGAGGGUCCAGACCUCGAACUCCCACCCAUUUGGACCAAGAGGCACAGCUGCGAGGCUCAGUGAGCUCCCUGCUGCAGACAGUAGCCAGAGAUGAAGACAUGUCUUGGGCCAGGAGGGAGCAGCAGGCACUGGGCAGAGUGCCCUCUAGAGCGCCGUCUCCCCUCCCCAGCCGCUCUCGCUCCAGCUCAGUCGGAGAAUCUCUGGGUCUGGGUGGAGGGAGAGCCAUGAGAGCCCUGGUGUCUCACCCCUCCUCAUCCAACCCAAAGCUUCUACCUUUCAACAGGGGAGAGACUGUCACAGUACUGGUCCAGGAACCGCGCAACGGCUGGCUGUAUGGACGCACUGACAGCAGCAUGCGUCAGGGCUGGUUCCCUGCUGCUUAUGUGGCCCCUAUUGAGGAUUUCUCCAACACUUUAGCAACAAGAAGCCACAGCAUGAACAAUCUGCUGGAUCCCACUGACACUUACACUGACCAAUCAGAGAGCAAGAACUAUGGAGAUGUCCCACCUCCAGCCACACCCAACCGCAGAGCCUCUGUAGACUUCCGGCCAAUCUCUCCUCUCCCUGAGAAGAAGCUUGAGCCAUCCGUGGAGACAAAGCCCGGUCAGACGAAGACCUACAACGAGCAGCCACCCCCACCUCCUCCCCCGCCGCCGCCUCCUCCCUCGAAUCAGAAUCUUAGAAGGGCCUCUGCAGAUUUUCGAUCAAUCUCUCCCCUCCCCGACAGGAAGGGUGAAUCAGCAUCUGAUGUCCAGGUACCAGAGGUUUUUUUUCUUCUGUUCCAUGUACAUUAAUCAUACAUCACUUGUUUUGAUUGAUCAUAUUGGCUUCUCUUUUCUUAGGCAUUAUCACCCCAUGGACAACCUGAAAACCCACUGUUUCCCAGAGGCACAAACCCAUUCGCCACUGUAAAGCUUCGCCCCACGACGACCAAUGACAGAUCUGCUCCUCGGAUGCUCUGAUCCAUUGGCGCUUGUGCAGGCGGAUUUUGUAACCGAGGCUGCCAGAUCAGGUUGUGGGGGCAGGAUAUACAUUUUUGUUUCAGGAGAAUGUAAUGACAUCUCUGAAAUGUGAUGGCUUUUAGCCAGAAGGGAAGAGGAAGGUUUGGUGGGUUUUUUUUGUACAGUGUUAGAUAAGGUGAAGUAUUUCUUGUACCAAAAGCAAAAGUGACACUAAAGCAAAUCUCAGUAAUUUAAUAUCAAAACCAUAAACUUGUUCUUCAUUGUACAGUAUUUAUGUUUUAUAUAGAUAGGUCUGUUUGUUUCUUGUAGUAGAAAUAUUAAAGGAAUAGUUACACAUUUUGGGUACUACGCUUACUCACUUUGUUGCUGAGAGUUAGAUGAGAAGAUCAAUACCACUCUCAUAUCAGCCUGUAGCUAGUUAGCUUAGCAUAAAGACUGAAAACACGGGUAAACACCUAGCCUCGGUCUGAGCCCAGAGGUAACAAAAUCCACUUACCAGCACAUUUUUUUGAAACAGCUAGUUUCUUGGUUUCAACCUUAUUGAUAAGCUCAGUUACCUGGGUGCUUUCUCCAGCAACAUAUUUAGUGUACAGACACGAGAGUGGUAUUGGUCCUCUCAUCAAAAUCUAAAUAAGCAAGAUGAAUAUAACUGCAUUCCCAAAAUGUUGUACUAUUUCUUUAAGCUGAUAGUAGCAUAUGCUUCAUUUUUUGCUCAUGCUGAUAUGUAUCUUGCUCUCAUUCUAUGCUAAUUUUAUAAGCAAACAGAUGUGAUUUAACAGAACAUAAAAUGAAAUCCUUUCAAAUCUGACUUGGGCCACGUUCACAUUUGAUCCUGAAAUCACUACGAUACAUAUUGGAUCGCUCACAUGCCAUUAAGGCCAUGGAUGCUCCCCUAGUGAUUGUACAUUUGUAAUCCUCUUCACCUCCUGUGAUGAACAUGUUUUGCAAUGUUCGGUGCGUUAUGUUU